GUUACAAGGGAAAUGGAAGAACAUGAGCUCAGAAAACUUGAGCAUCAGAAACAGCUGAUGUCUCUGAAAGAUAAGCUGAAGGCUGAGAUGGAUAAGCAUCAUCUCAGGUUAGAGAAAGAUCUUGAAAUGCAGCGUAACAACUUUGCUGCAAAAAUGAAGAAACUGAUCAAGAAACAUCAGGCUGCUGUGGAAAAAGAGGCUGAACUGAUGUCCAGUGAGGAGAAAAAAUUUCAACAACGUAUUCAGGCUGAGCAGAAGAAAGAACUGAAUAGCCUUUUGAAGUCCCAGAAGAGAGAAUACAAACUUCGAAAGGAACAACUUAAGGAGGAGCUGAAUGAAAACAAGAGCACCCCAAGAAAAGAAAAACAGGAAUGGCUUUCAAGCCAGAAACAGAACAUACAGCAUUUCCAAGAAGAGGAGAAGACCAAUCUUCUUCAACAUCAGAAACGGUACCUAGAGCUGCAAUGCCGUUGCUUGAAAAGAAAGUUGCUACUUGGGAGCCAUAACUUGGAGCAGGACCUUCUCAGGGAGGAAUUAAAUAAAAGGCAGGCUCAAAAGGACUUAGAGCAUGCAAUGUUACUGCGACAGCAUAAAUCCACGCAAGAACUGGAGUUCCGCCACCUCAACACAGUGCAGAAGAUGCGCUGUGAGUUGAUGAGACUGCAGCAUCAAGCCGAGCUCACUGACCAGCUGGAGCGUAAUAAGCGGAGAGAGCGAGAACUAAGGCGGAAGCACGUCAUGCAGGCUCGACAGCAGCCUAAGAGUCUGAAGGUACCUUUAGCCUAA